AUGGAUAGACGCACCCCCUAUUCUCUGAGCGUCCUUGCGCCGAGUACAGACGGCCCCGAUGAAUCUAAGACUAUUGUACAAGCCCGCCUCCGACAGUUUGUGCUAGAAUUCCAGCUGGAUAAUGCUUUUGUCUACCGUGACCAAUUACGGCAAAAUGCCCUCGUGAAGCAAUACUAUUGCGACGUUGACAUUGCUCAUCUGAUCUCUUACAAUGAAGAACUAGCCCACAAGCUGACCACUGAGCCCGCCGAGAUUAUCCCUAUUUUUGAAUAUGCGCUGAAGGAAUGUACCGCACGAAUUGUGUACCCUGGCCAGCGCGACGUCGCCGCCACACUCCCCUCCCACCAACUUCUUCUCCACUCCUCGGCAUCGCACAUCUCAAUUCGCGAUCUUAACGCUACCAAUAUCUCCCACCUUGUUCGCAUUCCUGGAAUUGUGAUUGGCGCUUCUACGAUAUCUUCUAAGUCAACUUUAAUUCAUGUCCGUUGCAAGGGUUGCGAUUAUAGCGACAACAUCCAGGUCGACGGUGGUUUCUCUGGCGUGACACUUCCUCGGCAUUGCGGACGCCCCAAGCAGCCUGGUGACCAACCUGGCGAGCAAUGUCCUCUUGAUCCUUACGUCGUCCACCAUGAAAAGUGCCAAUUCGUCGACCAGCAGGUUCUUAAGCUUCAAGAAGCCCCUGACCAGGUCCCUGUGGGUGAGCUGCCCCGACAUGUUUUGAUCUCCGCGGAUCGCUACCUUGCCAAUCGAGUCGUUCCCGGUUCUCGAUGCACGGUCAUGGGAAUUUUCUCUAUCUAUCAACAGAAGGGUGGAAAGAAGGAGGCUGCAGUGGCUAUUCGUAACCCCUACCUUCGCGCGGUCGGCAUCACCUCUGAUCUCGAUCAAACUGCUAAGGGGAGUGCAGUCUUCUCCGAGGAGGAAGAACAGGAGUUCUUGGAGCUGAGCCGACGCCCCGACUUGUACGAUGCCCUCGCCCGAAGCAUUGCCCCGUCUAUCUAUGGAAACCUUGAUAUGAAGAAAGCCAUUGUUUGUCUCCUCAUGGGUGGUUCGAAAAAGAUUCUGCCCGAUGGAAUGAAGCUUCGUGGUGAUAUCAACGUGCUCAUGCUUGGUGACCCCGGUACCGCUAAGUCGCAGCUCCUGAAGUUUGUUGAGAAGGCCGCCCCCAUUGCUAUUUACACAUCCGGAAAGGGUUCCUCCGCUGCCGGUCUGACGGCUUCCGUCCAGCGAGAUGCCACUACGCGCGAGUUCUACCUCGAGGGUGGUGCCAUGGUUCUGGCUGAUGGAGGUGUUGUCUGUAUUGAUGAGUUUGAUAAGAUGCGUGAUGAAGAUCGUGUUGCCAUUCACGAAGCCAUGGAACAGCAAACUAUCUCUAUUGCCAAGGCUGGUAUCACAACCAUUCUCAACUCCAGGACGUCUGUUCUGGCCGCAGCCAACCCUAUCUUCGGUCGUUACGAUGAUCUCAAGACUCCUGGUGAGAACAUCGAUUUCCAGACAACUAUCUUGUCUCGUUUCGAUAUGAUCUUCAUUGUCCGUGAUGACCACGAGCGUGGUCGCGAUGAGAAGAUCGCCCGUCACGUCAUGGGUGUGCACAUGGGCGGUCGUGGUGUCGAAGAGCAAGUUGAGGCUGAGAUCCCCGUGGAGCAGAUGAAGCGCUACAUCAGCUACUGCCGUAGCCGCUGUGCCCCUCGUCUCUCCCCGGAAGCAGCGGAGAAGCUCUCUUCGCACUUCGUCUCCAUCCGUAAGCAGGUGCACCGCGCCGAGAUGGAAUCAAACAGCCGAUCAUCUAUCCCCAUCACUGUACGUCAAUUGGAGGCCAUCGUCCGUAUCUCCGAAUCCCUGGCCAAGUUGUCUCUCUCUCCAAUUGCGACCGAGGCACACGUGGAUGAAGCCAUCCGUCUGUUCCUCGCAUCUACAAUGGACGCCAUCACUCAGGGCGAAGGCCAGGGCAGCAAAGAACUCAUGGAGUCAGCGAGCAAGAUCGAAGAUGAGCUCAAGCGCCGUCUCCCCAUUGGCUGGAGCACGAGCCUGGCAACCCUUCGCCGUGACUUUGUAGAUGCCAAGGGAUACACCGAGCAGGCGCUUAACCGGGCGCUGGUUGUGUUGCAGCGCCGUGACACCAUCCAGAUCCGCUCUGGUGGAUCCCAAAUUUACCGAAACGGAGUUUGA